UUCCUUCUUCCUUUCCCCCCACCCCUAAAAAAACUAUGGAAGAGGAUAGUGUGAAGAACGCCGUGUGUGCGUGCGCAUGAGCGUGCAUACAGAGUGACAGCCUUAUGGGAACACGUACACGUAAAGUACUGUACAUGUCCGUUGUGAAAUGGCAGUAAAGUGUCUGGUUUCUUGAUGUGAUCAACACAACAUUUAUUCCCACCUGGCGAAUACAAGCUAAUCCAGACGAGAAUGUAGAAUUUUAAGGAGUUGAUAAAGGAAAAUUAGUUGAUCGUGAGCAGAUCUUAUGAUUGUCUCGGGAACUUAUCCAUGUCCAAGUUUGAAUUGAUUAACUUUCCUUUGUAGUGAAUAUGCAGACAGUCAACACUGCUGCAAUUGUUACAAACCAACACAGCUGAAGUAGAUAAUCAGUAAUAAUUGAGUGAAAUCUAUUUUAAAGGAAAUGAAAAUAGAUAACGCUGACAAAAGUGUACGCCCACUUCUUGCUGGUAUUUAACAAUAUUUUCUUCGCAAUGUUUUUGUUAGGGAGCAGGGCUUUAUUUUUUAUGUAUACCAAGCCUCAGCUAUACUUCACAAGUAUAUACUUAAGAAGCAUCACUGAUUGUCAUGGCACCAUUAAGAAAUAUUUAGAAAGCGCCUUAUGCAACAAUUAUGAAUAAAGACACUAGUUAAUGAUAAGAGGAUUGGAGCAACAUCUAGUAAAUAGAAUGUAUAUGGAUGCUUGUAUCUUUUUUCUUUAACUGAUUAUAAUGAUCUCAAUUCAAGGCUCUGGGGAAAGAUUCUCUCCUCUGACGUUUUGCUGUUAUUAACUUUAGCAAUGACGUGACAAAGUUAAAUGAAUGGGGUUAAGUGAAAGUUUUUUCGGCUGAUAAAUUUUUAAUAAUCAACAUUAUGGCGAACACCUUCAAUUUGCUUCGCGGAGGUUUUUGAGUUACUUUGCAUUCAUAACCAACAACGAGAACUGCGAUUUGCUAUCGGGGUAAUGAGGUUGUCUUUUGCAUUCUUUUUUUAAGGAAAUGCCUGACAAAGACCUCUGGUAUGUUAACAGUGUCUUAACUUUUGUGCUUGUCACUUGCUGAUAACAGGUCACUGUUUAAACGUUAUUUCGCUAUUUUCCCAUUAGAGUGAAAUUGUUGAUAUAGAGAUGAUAUGUUUCGCAAGGAAGUUUUCGUUUCUUGGACAGUGACUGGGGAAAUCUCAUACUUUGGCGUAACGAUUCUAAUGCUUUAAAAACAAGAGUGGUUGCAAUAGUUUUUUGUACAUCUCUACCAGAAACUAAUUGUCUAUCUAUUCUGGCAGAUGUCAAUCAGUAAGUUAAGCAAUGAAGAUGCUGGUAGUUACAAGCGUUCUGAUCUGUCUAGCUGCUCUGUGCCUUACAAGAGCCGAAGAUGAUAAAAAUGAAUACCAGAUGUCGAAAGCAUCUAAGAAAUCCAUUGAACUACAAACUGCUUACGUUUACCGUAAAAAUAUGCCCAAGAGACAUCAUUACUCUGUGAUCCUUGGAAGCAGUGGUAAAACCGUCAUUGGGCCGCUUGUUCCUGAGUCCGACGAUGAACAGAUCCACAGAGUACAAGGAUUUGUACUUAAGCCAGACGCCAUCAAGAUAGGUAACCCCAUAGAAUUUGCUGGAACAGCUCUAAGCACCCACAAUCGCUAUCGCAAAUAUCACCACGACCCUGCACUGAGGUGGUCUGACAGGCUGUCAUCGCAGGCGAAUAAGAUAGCUUAUCAAAUGGUGCAGCAAUUCAGUAAGGAGAACUCCAAGAGAUUUGAGGUGCCUGACGAAGAGAGCCUGGGAGAGAAUGUGGAACGAUUUCUCGGUGUGGAGUUUGGAUGCGACUCGACUGCAGCCAUGAAAGCAACUGAUAACUGGUACCAGCAAAGCAAAAACUAUAGUUACAACUACCCUCACAUUCAAGAUGGAACUAGCUCCUUUACCCAACUGGUUUGGAAAAGCUCACAGUCCUUUGGUAUGGGUUGUGCUCUACGUAAAGGACUCCUGGCCAAUGACGUAUUUGUGGUGGCUCUGUACAAUCCCCCUGGGAACGUAGGGGACGGGGUGUCUCUGAAUGUCUUGAGGCCUGGGAUCAAAGAGGCGGCCAAGCCUGAUGUGUACUCAAAUAUAUUUCGUAGAAACAAAAUGACUAAGAGUAGAGACAGCAUAAACCGUAAAAAGUAGAUUAUAAACUACUACCUAAAAGAAUGCUAAGUGAUAUCCUAAAGUUUUUAUCAAGAAAAAGUAUCCAAAUGAAUUCCUUUGUAAAAGUACGAACCAGUUGUUUGUAAAUCUAAAAUUGUCGGAUUGGGCCCCUGUAAAUUUAUAUCUACCUUAAUUAGUUGAAGUGUUUCUUUACGCCAUGCUUAUCGUGCCUGUUUGCGAUGCUGUGGUAAGUAGGUGCGCUAAAUCACAAAAUUUUUGUGAUCACCCUUGCUAUUAAGAAUAUUUUUUUGAAAUAGCACCCAGCUUAUUACAUGUAUUUAAUAGCCCUUCAAACGGAUCAAUAUCCAAUGCUGUCUUGUGACCAACUGACAAUCCAACAUUUACAAAGGAUAAUUUAUGCCUGUCUAUCGGGCCUGAGGGGGGUGAAGAAGACAGAAAAAUAAAACUGUUAUUGGUUCUAAUGAACUAAUCUAUGA